GGAGCCAGGAAGUGAGCGGGAGCGCGCCGCUCACCUACCCUGGCAUGUGAGUCAUUCCCAGGAAUGAGAAAGCCAGUUGCUCCAGUUGCUCCUGGCCAGGGGAAUUUUGACUCUCUGAUCAGGUAUCGCAAAAUAAGGCAUCGGAAGCAAAAAAGCUUACUUCCAGAUAUGGUUGGUUUAACUACCUUAUCGCAAGAAACACCCUCGUGCCUACUGUAGCUUCAAGAUGGACUUUGGAGGAGUCUAAGGCGCUUUCGAGAUGCAGCUCAGAGAGAAGUGGAAGGCGGCAAUGGUGACAGAACGUAAUGCUGGCAUAGCCCAUGCCGCAUCCUGGAUCUACAGCUGCCAGUGGGACUCCUGAAAAGCAUUUUGACUGAAAACCUACAGCAGUGCAAAUGAUGGGGUACAAUUUGUCCUAUGGAAAACUGCCAGGUAAUGAUCUUCUGAGCCAAGACAACAUCACCUCACCCAACUCCACAGCAGGCUUACUCGGGAACUCCACACACAACGAAUUCACCACCAUUGUCUUGCCUGUGCUUUACCUCAUCAUCUUCCUGGCAAGCAUCCUGCUGAACGGCCUAGCAGUGUGGAUUUUUUUCCACAUCAGAAACAAAACGAGUUUUAUAUUUUACCUCAAAAACAUCGUGGUUGCAGACCUCCUCAUGACACUGACGUUCCCGUUCAAGAUAAUCCAGGACUCACAGCUGGGACCGUGGCACUUCAACUCUUUCCUGUGCCGAUACACCACGGUUCUGUUUUAUGCAAACAUGUACACCACCAUCGUGUUCCUCGGACUCAUCAGCAUCGACCGCUACCUGAAAGUAGUGAAGCCUUUUGGAGACUCCAGGAUGUACAGCAUCACCUUCACCAAGAUCUUAUCUGCCUGCGUUUGGGUUGUAAUGGCUUUCCUAGCGCUACCAAACCUCAUCCUCACCAACGGCUACCCGACAAAGAAAAACGUGGACGACUGCAUAAAGCUGAAGUCUCCCUUGGGAGUGCAGUGGCACACAGCUGUCAUCUACAUCAACACCUGCAUGUUUGUAGUGGUGCUGAUAGUACUGAUAGGAUGUUAUAUCGCGAUAUCCAGGUACAUUUACAAAUCGAGCAAACAAUUCAUUAGCUCAUCAAGCAGAAAGCGAAAGCAUAAUCAAAGUAUAAGGGUUGUUGUGGCUGUAUUUUUCACUUGCUUUCUGCCAUAUCAUUUAUGCAGAAUACCCUUUACUUUUAGCCAUCUAGAUAAAAUUUUAGAUGAUUCUGCACAUAAAAUCUUGUAUUAUUGUAAGGAAAUGACACUGUUCCUGUCUGCAUGUAAUGUCUGUCUGGAUCCAAUAAUUUACUUUUUCAUGUGUAGAUCAUUCUCACGAAGGCUGUUCAGAAAAUCAAAUAUGAGAACCAGGAGCGAGAGUAUUAGAUCACUUCAGAGUGUCAGAAGAUCAGAAGUGCGCAUAUACCAUGAAUACACUGAUGUGUGA